UCUGUUCCUAACAUUCAGCUCCACCCUCACUCUGUUCCUAACUCGCGCCCCACAGAGAUCGACCACCUCGGGGUGCGGCUGGCUGUGGUGGAGGAGGGGGUCACCGUGCCCGCUACCUUCUUCUUCGAGGCCAGGUUCCCCCCGGGGGUGUGGCGAUACCUGUGUCUUCAGCACCGCCCAGGCAACUCCAAGGUAAGUCACUCUGCAAAGGAGUCACUUUGAAUUUUUGAGUCAAGCACGAGAGGUCGCGCUUCACGGCGGCGCAGGAGUCCUUGCCUCAGACCAGAUCACAGCCUGCUCUCCCUUCCCGCCCUCAGACAAAGUGUGUGGUGGAUGGCGCCGAAGAGCCCCUGUCCACCAUGCCGCCGGACGUCGGCCAAGGGAAGGCUGGCGCCCAGCGGGUCGUGGCGGCGGAUGGUGGCAGGAGUCGGCUGUGUGUGGGUGGCAGCAAGGUGGAGGUGGACGUGGCGGGCGUGGCGCUGUGGACGGAGCCGCUGGCCGAGAAAAUGUUGGCGAGGACCUCGGGAUGCACGGAGCCGCUGCAAGGAGGGGCGCCAAGGGUGUCUCUGGGUCCCUGGUGGGUGCCACAGGGUGACGCCUCGCCCGUCGCCUUUUCCUUGCGGCAGGUGUGCACCACCGCGCCGCGCCUGGUCGUGGUACGCCCCGCCGGCACAUUCCACGGUCUCGGCGUGCUCUGCUCCGCCCUGGGCGGGGCCGUGCCGCCCGCCGCCACCCUAGAGGCUGCCCUCCCUGCCUUCAACGAGUCGUGUGAGGGCCCCGCGGGGCUACUCUCCUGGAUGGGCGGUGACCCUGUUGGUGGGGCGGCGGCCGAGGAGACGUGUCCUGCCGUGGCGGUGGGCGGCGACGCGGCGCGGGCCGCGUGCGUGCGGCAGCUGCCAUGUUCCGUCUGCGUCGUGCCGCGCGCCGCCCUCUACCGCCUCUACGGCCACGACGGCAGCCUCUUCGACCAGAUCUUCUACCUGGAGACAGAGGCUGACGGCCAGCCUACUUUCAGAGGCUCCAGUGGCUCGCGGCUGGAGCGCGCGGGCGACGGCUGGCGGUUAGCCUCGGUGCUGCACGGCCGCCGCUGGACUCUGGCGGAGGCGGCGGCGCUGCCGGUGGGGCGGCGGCGGUGGACGGAGGGCGGCGCGCAGACGCUGCUGGCGCUGACGGUGUGUCGCAGCGGCCAAUUCUCCUGCGACGACGGCCAGUGCGUGGCGCAGACGGCGCGCUGCAACGACAUCGCGGACUGCCGGGACCGUUCCGACGAGGCCGAGUGCAGCGUGGUGGUACGCCCCGAGGGCUACGACCCCUACUACCCCCCGCCGCCGCGCCCCGGGGAGACGCCGCCCCUGGACCUGGUGUACCAUGUGGACGUGUACAGCAUGGACGACAUCACGACGGAGGGCGGCAAGGCCACCAUGAACGUGGGUAUGACCCUCACCUGGCACGACCCGCGCAUCAAGUUCCUCAACCUCAAGCCGGACAUCAAGAACUACUUCCCGUGUGACCUCGUCUGGACGCCCAGCGUGCGGGCCGUGUCGGGCCACGGCGAGGGCACCGUGCUGCAGACUAACAACUACGAGAAAUUCUGCUUCGUUCACGCUAACGACGAAAAGGUGGCGCGGCCCCUCACCGACCCCUUCAUGAGCCACCAGGCAGAGGGCUCCACGCACGCCAUCCAGAACUACGUGGGUGUGCUGGCAUCGACGCCGUGCCACUUCCAGCUAAUGCGUUAUCCCUUCGACAUGCAGCGCUGCAACAUUUCCUUCAUGUUGAUGAACGCCCCAUGGACUCGAGUGUUCCGCAAGGCCACGCCGGGGCAGCACGUGGACUACUUGGACUCGCGCCGCGUCCUGCUUGAGUACGAGCUGUACGCCCUCACCACGGAGGUCGGCGCCUUCCUGCAGGGCACCGACAACAACACCUACUUCGCCCUCACCUUCCACCUGCGGCGCCUCUACGGCUACCACGUCACCAACAGCUACUUCCCCAGCCUGCUCAUGUUCGUCAUCUCCUGGGCGACCUUCUUCUUCCAGAUCGAGGACUUCACCAACCGCAUCAUGAUCGCUCUGACGGCACAGCUGGUGUUGGCGGCGCUCUUCACCUCCACCAACCAGUCCUCGGUCAAGACGCCCUACCUCAAGCUGAUCGACGUGUGGUACGCCGCCAUCAUCACCUUCUGCUUCGUCAUCGUCAUCUCCCAGACCGUCAUCAACGUGGUCCUCAACGCUGCCUCGCUCCCCCGCCUCGCCUUCCUGCUGGUGGGGCUGCGGGGCGAGGACAAGGCGAAGGUAAGGCGGCGGAACACACUGAUUCUCUAAUCUCAUGUGGGCAAUUUAACAGUCUGGGUCAUAUUCUUGAACAUUUCGGCUCCCAAACACACACGCUUGACAAGGCUUUCGUAGUUGUGAGGAAGGUAAAGAGAAGGGGUCUAUUCUCUUUACCUUGGUUGUGAGGCUUUCCAGGGGUAGCUUUAUGACUCCGGUGGUAGUUUAACCCUUCCUCUGUACCAUGAACCUAAAUCAAGACUCAUUAGAAGCCGAUUCAUCUCCUUUUCGGCCUUUGGAAAUAGU